AUGCUGUUUGACGUAGUUUAUUUUGCCCUGCUAGUUAGCAUCCAUGCAUUCUCACCGCCUACCCUUGAAUCGGAUAAGGAGACUCAGCAUGAUCCAACAAUUGGGGAUUUCGUGGAAGUUGAUCCUGGAGAAGAAGUACGAUUAACAUGUUCUGAUAUUAUGAAUGAAGCUGUUGAGUUUCUACUACCAAAUCUUACGGAUAAUCAAGGUCACUCUGAAGUGGAUUUCAAUUCUCGCUAUAGGAUAGAAGACGUUUCUUAUGGGCAUAUCCUACAUAUCAAAGAUCUACAGGAAAGUGAUACGGGAACCUACACCUGUCAUUCCAAGGAUGACCCUACACUGAGCUCUCAAAUUCAUCUCUUUGUUAAAGGGUCAAAAGUCUUUGUGCCAACCAUCUAUUCCGGUCUGGUAAUCAAAACUCCCGAAUUUGUGGUGCCGUGUAAAACUUCACGUCAUGUGUCUAAGGAUGAAGUGGAGAUUGGCUUUAAAAUCAACAGUAAAAACGCUGAGGACAAAAUUAGUGAUCAGUUAUCAUUUGAGUGUACUUACAAAGGAUAUCCACCCGAUACGGCUACAUUUUUUAUAGUAAUACAUGAAGCUCAAAAGAAUGAUCUCGAACUCCUUUUUGAAGAGCAUUCUGAUGUCGUUCACACGAAAUCUGCUAGGAAUGACAUGAUUUCACAUACUAUCACAGUUGAAACGUUAACUCCUGAGGAUAGUGGGCAAUACGUUUGUGGAUGGUAUUUUGAUCAGCAGCUCAACCAGACGAUCCAGAAGACUGUGGUUAUUUCACCGAAGAAGGGACAAAUCAAGAAAUACGUCAAACCUCCAAAAACUUUAAACGAGACGGAAAACUUGGUGAACGAUAACGACCAUCAAAUCGCAAGCGAAAGACUAAACGAUGGCCAAGUUACUGAGAAGAUCGCCAUCAAAAAUGCUGCUACUGAUAUGAGCGGAAUUUACGUGCUAACCAUCGAACUGUUGGACACUGUAAAGACCAUUGAAUGGAAGGUAUGACA